AUGAUGAAUACCAUGGAUUAUUCUAAUAAAAAGGACCCAACACUGUUCAGUAAUAUAUUGGGAAUAGUAUUGAACAUAUUUUUUCCAAUCAAAAUGUUGUUAAGGCUUUAUUCAUUGUGCAUUUUAAUGGUGGAUAUUGGAUGGGUAUUGCUGAACGCAAUCUGUGCAGUUUUACAAGCUGUUUAUGAACUAUUUAAACCACCACCAUUAAAAUCAGUCCGGUUGGAAACUGCCUUGGUUAUUGGUGCUGGACGAGGGGUAGGCCGCGAACUGUCUAUACAACUUGCUAGCUUGGGAGCAAUAGUUGUGUGUGUGGACAAAAACAGUUCUUCCAAUGAGGCCACCGUAGAACUGAUAAAAAAGAAAGGUGGUACUGCCAUCAGCUACAAAUGUGAUAUCACCAAGAGACAAAAUGUUCACACUUUAGCUUCUCAGCUGAAAAAAGAUCUAGGGUUUGUCAGUAUGUUGUUCUAUUGUUGUGGAAUUCCAAGUCCAAGGUCAUUGAUGACUCAGCCUCCACAGGACAUUCAUGAGACGCUAGAUUUGACACUCACUUCAUAUUUUUGGCUAAUUGAUCACUUCCUGCCUGAUAUGAAAGCUAAGAAUCAUGGGCAUAUUGUUGCUCUAACAUCUGUUGCUGGACUAAGCUACAUCAAAGAUCAGAUGCCACUAAGUGUUGCCCAGUUUGCAGUUCAAGGACUUGCAGAAUCUCUUACAGAAGACCUAAGAGUAAACAAAAUAGAUGGAGUACAUGUGACACUUACACAUAUUUAUCCAUUUAUUGUCAGUGACGAAAGUGCUGAAAUAAAAUUAAGAAUUCCAAGUUAUUUUGGAACAAUAACUCCAAACAAGGCAGCAACGUCAAUUCUUGAUAGUGUGCGUCGGAAUUACUUUGAAGCAUCAGUGCCAAAUCAUCUUUUGUACCUCGGUCACCUUUUACGUAUCUUACCACGAAAAGCUACAGUGCUUAUCAGGGAUUUACUCGAUACUGGAGUGGACUUUGCAUGA